GUCACAUCCUGACAGAAUAAGGAACUGUGUAACUGAUGUACGCUUGUGCAGUACGCUUUGCUGUACUUAGUUUAGUUACAAGCUAGUAGCAGUUGCACAUCAGCUGGAUAAACCUGAAAUAAAAAUGUUGAAGAGAAAACCAUCUAACGUGUCUGAUAAGGAGAAAAGUCGAAAGCCAAAGCGCACAAGCAGCUUUGGAAGCUUUGACCGUUUCAGGCAUCACUCGAUAUCAAAGGCAGAUGAUGCAGCUGAGAUAUGUGAGUUGGAGACUAUAAGUGACAUUGGAGAUGCAGUACAAACUAAAGCAGCAAAUAAUGGAGGAAGUUUGGGUAAGAAGAUGAGAGCCAUUUCCCUUACUAUGAAGAAAAAGAUGGGUAAAAAGUACAUCAAGGCACUCUCUGAGGAGAUGAAUGAAGAAGGAAAAGAUGAGAGUGACCCUGGUGGUGGAAUACACACUGAGAAGGUCUCCCUAAAAGCCAGUGACUCUAUGGAAAGUCUCUAUAGUCUGAACAGUGGCCAGAGCUCAUCUAGUGGGGUGACCAGCUGCUCAGAUGGAACGAGCAACAGGGACAGCCUCCGGUUUGAUGACGAAGUCCCUUACAGUGGGCCCUUCUGCGGUCGAGCCAAAGUUCACACAGACUUCACACCAAGUCCUUAUGACACCGACUCUCUAAAAAUCAGGAAAGGAGACAUUAUAGAUAUCAUCUGUAAAACCCCCAUGGGCAUAUGGACAGGCAUGCUGAACAACAAAGUAGGAAACUUCAAGUUCAUUUAUGUGGAUAUUAUCUUGGAAGAGGAAGCUGCACCCAGAAAGGUAAAGCUGCACAGAGGAAGCAAAAGGACCAAGCCCAAAACACUGCAAGACCUCCUGGAUUGUGUCCACCUGCAGGAAUAUGCCUCAACCCUCUUGCUAAAUGGCUAUGAAACUCUAGAGGACUUAAAGGAUCUACAGGAGAGCCACCUGAUCGAGUUAAAUAUUUCAAACCCAGAAGACAGGGCAAGAUUGUUAUCAGCAAUUGAAAAUCUACAAGACUAUGACAUUGAACAACAGCAGAAAAGUGAGGGUGGUCAGGAGAUGCUGAGCUUAAGCCCUCACCAUGGCUUUGACAAAUCACAGUUAAAUGACUGCCCAAGAGAUUCUGGCUGUUAUAUCUCAUCAGAAAAUUCAGAUAAUGGUAAAGAAGAAAUAGACCCAGAAACCCUGUCUGACAUGGUGCAGUCAGUAACAAUCACUGAGUCAAACUGAUUCAGUCCUGCUGCUUUUCUGCAGAUUUUCAGAAAAGACAAUCAGAUUUGCAGGUGUGAUGCACAGAAGCAGAAGAAAAAAAUCUUCUCAACACCAAAAAGCUACUUCUGUCUGAUGUAUGAUGCUCUAGACUGUUUAAUAAUAUCUCAUGCUUUUCUUUUCAAUGAAUCCACAGACAUUUCACUGAAAAAGUUUAUACAUAUGUAUUUAUAAAUAUUUGUACAGCAAAUGCAUCUUCUAUAAUAAUAAAGAAUUGGUUUAGGUAGCGGUACAUAAUCUGGACAUGUUCAUUUCUGGAACUGUCCAAAAUGUAAAUAUUGUA